GACGUGCCUAAGGCUUUCCUUCCUUUCCCUUCACGGCCAAGGCUUCGCUUCUUGCUUCUGACAUUGAUUCAUCCAUCUCACUGUUUUCUAACCAACCCUUUCCCAUUUAUUUGUCCCCCUUUUAUACCUUCAAGCGCAGGUCGCGCAUUGAGCCGAUUUCGCCGCUCUCUCUUUAUCCUUAUCCUAGCGCAAACCCCCAUUGUGUCAUUCGCAGAAGCCCUCGCGGCUAUAGACACGCUGCUCAUUCACUCGCCGCCCGUCAUCCCUCUAUUACGGUCAAUAGUCCUCUUUACUUCACUACUUAUACCCAUACCCUCGAUAGAGCUAUAGACCGCCACUUCAUCCGAUCAAGCGCUUUGAGGAAUGGCUUCAUAAUCCCUUUGAAGCCACCUUUCUUUGAGCCCUUCCCUUUCUUUUCCCCCUUUUUUCCACUUUUUAUAUCGCCAAAGUCGACCGAUCAAUUGGCGGUUUAGGGAGGGGGGAAGAGAGAGAACGAGUCAAGAGAAGACGAGAAAAGUACACCUCAAAGGGAGAGCAUGCUCCUCCGUCUGUCAGCUAGUCUCCAUUAUCCCAUCACCGUGACAGCGCUGCUCAAGCAGCCCGGUGACUUGGUGAAACGGGAUGAGGCUUUGUUCUGGUACGUUUACCGGACUACUGUCACCGAGGGAGAUGGCCUUGGAAACAAAAUUGAGGUUAAACGCGACUUUCCGGCUAAGUUUGAAUCGACCGUCGACGGUGAGAUUGUGCAAUGGAAGAUUAAACAGGGAGAUAUUAUUAAUUACCCGACCGAUAUCGUCGAAAUCGAUGAACCGUGCGCUCACGAGGUUCAGUUCGGUGGCCUAUGUGCAGAAUGUGGUAAGGAUAUGACCGAAUCUACAUAUAACACGGAGGUUAUGGACUCGAUGCGUGCGACAAUUCACAUGGCGCACGAUAAUGCUGACUUGACCGUCAGUCAAAGAGAGGCCACCCGCGUUGAGGAGGACACGAAACGCCGCUUACUCUCAUCCAGGCGACUUUCGCUUGUGGUUGAUCUCGACCAGACGAUUAUCCAUGCCACUGUUGACCCGACCGUUGGAGAAUGGAUGCGCGAUAAGGAUAAUCCGAACUACGAGGCUCUAAGUGAUGUCCGCUCGUUUCAGUUGAUCGAUGAUGGCCCUGGCAUGCGUGGCUGCUGGUACUAUAUCAAAUUACGGCCGGGACUGGAACAAUUUUUGCAGGAAAUUUCCGUCCACUUUGAGCUACAUAUCUAUACUAUGGGUACUAGAGCCUAUGCGAAGCAUAUUGCCGAAAUUGUCGAUCCUGCAGGUAAGCUUUUUGGAGAUAGAAUCUUAAGUCGUGACGAGAGCGGAAGCUUGACCGUCAAGAACCUUCAGCGGCUCUUUCCGGUUGACACCAGGAUGGUGGUGAUCAUCGACGACCGCGGCGAUGUCUGGCGAUGGAGUCCCAAUCUCAUCAAGGUAGCACCUUACGAUUUUUUCGUCGGUAUUGGGGAUAUAAACUCAAGCUUUCUUCCUCAAAAACAAGACCUGACGACCACGGCCGCCGCCAAAACCGUGACAGAGAAAGAUCUCCCUAGCAACCAGCAUGUCAAUGGCACGGCACCGAAAGUAGAAGGGGGCCCGGAAGUUUCAACGCUGGAGCAAUUGGUCAGCAUGGGCGGCGGGGACGAUCCAAGACUAUUACAGAAACAGACCAGUGCGCAGGAAGAAACUAUUAUGCACCAAGUCGAGGACCGACCGCUUUUGCAGAAACAGAAGGAGCUGGACGCAGAGGAAGAUGUAGCGGAGAGCAGCGAUUCUUCUAGCAGCUUGGAUGAGUCUCAGGAGUUAAUCAGAGCCCGCCAUCAUCUGUUCGAGGAUAGCGACAGGGAGCUCUAUCAGCUUCGAGAUCGGCUGAACGAAGUACACCGGAAAUUCUUCAAAGAAUAUGAUAGGCGACGUACACGGGCACUCGGAGGUAGAGUUGCAGCUCUUAGAGGCGAAAAGGCACCGACUAAAGAUAAAGAUAUUGACCUGAAAUUGGUUCCGGAUGUUAAGGAUAUCAUGCCGCAGAUUAAACGCCCAGUUCUGGAGGGGGUAGUCAUAGUUUUUUCUGGAGUUCUUCCUCUUGGAACAGAUACACAAAACGCGGACAUCUCCCUGUGGGCAAAGAGCUUUGGGGCCGUGAUUGCACAUAAGAUUACACCGAAGACGACACAUCUUGUGGCAGGCCGUAAUCGAACAGCCAAGGUCAGGGAAGCUACGCGGUAUCCGAGAAUCAAGAUUGUCACUACUCAAUGGCUCUUAGACACAUUAACCCAAUGGAAACGGCUGGAUGAGGCGCCGUAUCUGCUCCACGUUCACCCGGAAGACAGAGGAGAGCCCAUUCUAUCGAAAGAGGAGGCGGAUAGUUCUUGGGUUUCAUCGUCGGAGGGGACAGGGGAGUUUUGGACUGGUGACGAGGAUGAUGAGAGUGCUUUAUUUGAGUCCACUGAAGAAGGCUUCAGAUCAUCGGGACUUACAAACCUGUCGCCUAUCGGUCUCGACUUUGAUGACCGGGAGGCUGUGCACGAAGAACUGAAAGAGUUCCUCGGGAGUGAUGAUGAGAGUGAAAGUGAGAAUGAAACGCCAACACCGUCCCGCGAGUCGACUCCUGUUGGCAAGAAACGAAAACGCGAUGAGGAGGCCGAAGAGGGCAGUGUGACAGAAGGAGAGAGCUCACAGGCUGGCGAGGGUGACGAAGAAGGCGUGCAAGGUUCGCGGUUGUCGCAGCGUAUCAAACGUUCCUAUGAGCGAAGUACAGGGCUCAGGGAGGUGGCAACCGUGAGCGGCGAUACCGGUGAAUCUUCUAAGGGCCCAUUGGGGACAGCCGAAAGCGACGCUGCAGGAGAAGGCAAUAAAAUUGAAGACGUGAGAGAUAAGGAGGAGCCUGCAGAUAAGGGUCAAGAAGUAUCUUUUUCGGUGGACCCGGAGGAUGAUGCGGAUGAGCUCGAGCGGGAGAUGUUGGCCGCAUUUGAAGAUGGUGGCUAUGACGAGAAGGCUGAAGAGAAUACUGCAGCAGAAAAUGGGUAGAUCCAGGGGUAUCUCGAUGGCCGGGGUCCGUGAAGUGCCAGGUCUAACUUGCCAAUGCUUCUUGGAGAUUUCCUGUUAAUCAACUUCCUUCCGAAGAGCAGUGUGUGCCUCAUCCCUAUUCUUUUCUCAUCUCUCCGGAUGCAACUUUCCGUUUCGACGCCAUGCAGGUAUAUGUACAGCAUAGCGACGGCGUUUGGAUUAAUGUCCGUCUUUCCUCGGUCCGGUUUAUUUUUCAUACAUGUUGCUUUCCAAGGAUCUGUUUUGUUUUCUUUUCUGCCUCGGAGUCAGCAAACAUAGGUGUUCCAAGGCGAAGCUCACAAUAAGCAAAUUGAUGUGAAGUCUUGCAUUUGGUGUGGUAUUGUGAUAUAAGCCAUCUGGUUAAAUAAGUUGUUACUGUCCUUGUCCUUGAUUCAGCCCGGAUACUCCUGAAGAAGCUAUCCAAAUCUCAGUAUGUUUCUCAAAUUAUCCCAGUUGAUUUAGUGAAAUAUAGACUAUCUCCACAAAAUAUGAUUCUGUGGGGUGUUGAAUGUCUUCCCCGCAUCUUGUUCUUCCCCGGAC